GGUCCAUCUGCAGGCCUUGUGACAUUCAAUAUAUCAUUCUUCUAAAAACCAACUGGCAAUUAUAUAUUAAAGGCAUCUAUCUUUGCUUGAAUUUCGGGUUCUUCCAUUUUUCUUAACCGAGAUUGUACAGAAUUACUUCAAAUUAAUUUGAGUUUGUGAGGGAAAAAACGAAGAGAGGAGAGAAACAUCUGGUUAUAUACUCAUUAUGUCAGAAGAAAAAAGAAUUGCUCAACUAAGUGUCACUCAUUUGGUUAUCUUCUUGAUCUUAUUAGCAGGUAAAUAUGGAGAUUCGGUGGACACUGAUAAAGAAGUUCUGCUACAUUUGAGGUCAUUUCUUGAAGAGAAAAAUCAUUUUAACCGAGGAUUAUACACCACAUGGAAUCCACUUGAUUCUUCACCUUGUGGCUGGUAUGGAAUCUCAUGUAACAACGGUCGAGUGACUGGAAUCAACCUCUCCAACAAUAACAUUGCCGGCAACUUAUUUGGAAACUUUUCAGCCUUGUCUGAACUCAAUUAUCUAGACUUUUCUGUGAAUACGAUAGAAGGCUCAGUUCCUUCUGAUUUGGGCCAGUGUCAGAACCUCAAGUUUCUGAAUCUAUCGCACAACCUCAUUCAAGGUGAGCUCAAUCUCACCGGACUCAACAAUUUGGAAAUUCUUGAUCUCGCUGUCAAUAGAUUUUCAGGAGAUAUUAAGUUAACUUUCCCAACAAUUUGCAAUAGCUUGGUGGUUGCAAAUAUAUCUCUAAAUAAUUUGACUGGUGAAAUUGGAAAUUCCUUUGACGAAUGUUGGAAUUUAGAGUACGUUGAUUUAAGCUCCAAUUUUUUGACUGGAAAUAUUAAUCUUGGCUUUGAAAGGCUAAAAGAGCUUGAAAUAUCCAAUAACAGCAUUAGUGGUACAAUUUCACCGUCGGUUUUCUCAGUGAAUUGCAGUUUGGAAGCUCUAGACUUGUCUGAGAAUAUGUUAUAUGGAGAAUUUCCCAAGGAGAUUUCAUACUGUAAGAAUUUGGCAGUGCUAAAUUUGUGGGGAAAUAGUUUCACAGGCCUGAUCCCAGCAGAGCUUGGGUCACUAACGAGUCUCGAGGCACUUUUAUUGGGCAACAAUAAGUUUUUCAAUAUUAUACCAGAGUCUUUAGUUGGCCUAAAGAACCUGGUCUUACUGGAGUUGAGUGGGAACAGUUUUGGAGGUGAUAUACAAGAAGUGCUUGGGCGCAUGACGCAAGUGAAAUAUCUUCUUUUGAGUGGGAAUUCAUAUACCGGUGGAUUGUUUUCUUCUGGUAUUCUCAAUCUAACAAACAUUGCCCGGCUAGACCUCAGUUAUAAUAACCUUUCUGGUCAUUUACCUAUUGCAUUCACCGAGAUGCUAGGCUUGAAGCACUUGUUUCUCGCUUUCAAUCAGUUCAGUGGAAAUAUUCCACUGGAGUAUGGGAAUUUUCCGCAACUCCAAAUCCUUGAUCUCUCCUACAAUAUGCUUAGUGGUUCCAUUCCCCCAACUUUGGGAAAGUUAAACUCCCUAUUGUGGUUGAUGCUUGCAGAUAAUCAAUUGACUGGUGAAAUUCCACCAGAAUUGGGCAACUGUAGUAGCUUACUCUGGUUGAACUUUGCAAACAAUCAAAUUUCUGGGAAAAUACCACCUGAAUUGGCAGACAUGGCCAAGAAUGCCACACCAACUUUUCUUGUAAACCGCAUUGAUGAUCGUAUCACUGCUGGUUCCGGAGAAUGUUCAGUUCUGACAAGAUGGAUACCUGCAGAUUACCCUCCUUUCAGCUUUGUGUUUACACUCCUUACUGUGAAAAAAUGUAGAAGCCUAUGGGACAUGCUGCUCAAAGGCUAUGGCAUAUUCCCAGUCUGUGCUCCUGGUUCAAAAGUCCGAACAAAUAUAAUAACCGGGUAUGUUCUGCUACAUAACAAUUCAUUAUCUGGUAGAAUCCCUACUGAAAUUGGGAAGAUGCAGAAAUUAAGUAUGUUGCAUUUGGGGAUUAAUAAUUUCGAUGGCACACUUCCUGAAGAUCUUGCACAAAUACCACUAGUAGUGUUUAAUGUCUCGCAAAACAAGUUUUCUGGGGAGAUUCCAGUGGCAUUGGGGACUAUGACUUGCCUCCGAAACCUUGAUCUGUCAUACAACAAUUUCUCCGGGACAUUCCCUGCUAGCUUGAACAACUUGAAUGAUCUUUCCAGUUUUAAUGUAUCCUACAAUCCAUACAUUACAGGGUUGGUUCCUGGUACAGGGCAAUUGGCAACAUUUGAGAAAUCAUCCUUCCUUGGCAACCCGUUGUUACGCCUUCCCCCUUACAUAAGCAAUAACACGAAAGAGUCUCCGGAUAUCAGUGCACAGCCAAGAAAGAAUGUCAAGUUUGCACUGGUAGUUUUUAUAGCUAUAACACUUGCAUUCUUGGUAUGUGGACUAAUGAGUGUCCUAGUCUGCAUUGUUGGCAGAAGGUCAGACAAUUUGCCGAGUUAUCUACUGGAAGUAAAGGAAAGGCAUGACACUGGUUCAAUUUCCGGUGGAUCUUCACCCUGGUUAUCAGAUAAAGUCACAAUUGUACGAUUGGACAAGACGGAAUUUACUCAUAAGGACAUCUUUGUAGCUACAGAGUAUUUUUCGGAUGACAGGAUUAUUGGAAGGGGAGGUUUUGGAACAGUGUAUAGAGGAGUUUUGCCAGAUGGAAGAGAAGUAGCAGUGAAGAAACAACAGAGAGAAGGUCCCGAGGGAGAAAGAGAGUUUAGAGCAGAAAUGGAGGUCUUAACAGGAAAUGGCUUUGGCUGGCCUCAUCCAAACCUUGUAACACUCUAUGGUUGGUGCCUUGAUGGCUCCGAAAAAUUGCUGGUUUAUGAGUACAUGGUAGGAGGCAGCCUGGAAGAACUAAUUUCAGACCGAACACGUCUGACAUGGAGGCGAAGAAUUGACAUAGCCCUUGAUGUGGCACGUGCUCUAGUCUUCUUGCACCAUGAGUGCUUCCCUUUAAUUGUUCACCGCGAUGUCAAGGCCAGCAAUGUGCUUCUUGACAAGGACGGGAAGGCUCGUGUCACGGAUUUUGGCCUAGCUAGAGUUGUGGAUGCUGGAGGGAGCCAUGUGAGCACAAUGGUGGCAGGCACAGUAGGUUAUGUUGCCCCUGAGUAUGGACAGACCUGGCAGGCCACCACGAAAGGCGAUGUCUAUAGCUACGGAGUGCUGGUGAUGGAGCUGGCCACGGGGAGGCGAGCAGUGGAUGGUGGAGAAGAGUGUUUGGUGGAGUGGGCUAGGAGGGUCAUGGGAAAUGGACGCCAAGGUAGGACAUUGGUUCCAGUGGGACUAUUGGUUUCAUCGCGACGUGGAGAGGGGGCAGAGGAGCUGUGUGAGCUGCUGAGAGUUGGCAUUAGAUGUGCUGCAGAGAUGCCACAGGCUAGGCCUAACAUGAAGGAAGUGCUUGCUAUGUUGGUUAAGAUUUCGUCUCCUAGUCGGAAGGAAUUUGAUGUAUAGCUAGCAGACGACUAGGCUAUUUUUUUGACAAUUAAACACACUCACGUACCAGUAAAGAGAUAUCAUUGAACCAAGAAACGUCUGUGUAGCUAGUUGGUCUUGUUGUACCUCAUUGUAACUAGUAAGCCCUGUAUACUACAAAUACAUUGCCUGUUCUUGUAAUAAAUUCAGUUUAGUUGAUUGGUUUUGCAGAA